AUGAAGCGCAAAGCCACAUCUCCGUUCCCAUUUGAGCACCUUACCGCUUUGGCCCGAGAUCAGGUCUACAAACACCUAGAUCUUCAAUCACGCUGGGUACUUCGGCACACACGGAAGCAAAAUGCUUCUAAGCCGUUGCUCUCAACCUUUGAUGGGCUGCGCGUAAAUAAGCUGGAGAUGGUGAUCAGCGUUGGAAAGCUGAUGCUUGUGUUUUCGACACGCGAAGGCUGUUUUCUGGAAAUUGAAAUCGCAGAACCCUGCACAAUGAGGCAGGAAGGGUGUAGCCUAAGUAUCAGCGCCAGAUUCUUCCGAAAAAUGACGUUCAAUGAAAUGCAUAUGGGCCCAGAGAAAUACGCGAAAAAGUUAAAUAUGUUGACCAGAAUGAUGGAAAUAGCGGUGUUGGAAUGGAGUAAUGCUCCAUCGAGAGCCCGUCCUGUAAUCCGGAACCACUUCUUUGGCGAUGAGAAACUGGAAUUUUUGGAUCGUUGCGUCCAAAGGAAUGCAACAUGGGGUUGGACCCAUAAAGCGCUGCUCACCGAAUUUGCAGCAAAAUUUCCAGUCGAAUUUGUUGAUCAGCAAGAGAUCGUCUUCAACGUCCAAUAUCCAGGAACACCGCUUCCAUCUGAACCUGAAAUAUUGGAGCUGAUAAAUGAGAUGCGCCAUUAUCCUUAUUUCACGCUGAACCUUUACACAUCUGCUAGUGGUGACCGAAAGAAACAGAUCGAAUCCGUACGUAAACAUAUUGAGAUGGUUUUUAAGUGCCCGCCAGCUUCUGGAGAGAAGCGGAUUGUGCAAAUCUAUGCUUUCUGCUGCGUAAGGCUUGAUGUCCCAGAUUGCUUUAAAAUGAUCAGUACAAUGAUUGAGACCGAAUAUCAAGAAAGCGGCAGAGUUGAUCCACCGCCGGUUUGCAUGUCCACGGACCAUGGUACAUUCCUUGUUGCGCAUAAUUAUAAAUCAGCAUCAGAAGUUCGUCACGAGCUGCUCGUACGUCAGAUGGAAUUCCAGGAAAGGCAUGGUGAUUUACGUCAAAUUAUUUUGGAA